UAUUAUUAUUCUUUUGAAAAAAAGAAUAGUGUUACACACACGCGUACUCCGUGCCUUCCCGUCGGAGGAAUCCCCGGUAUUCAACCGAGUCGCCCCCCAUCUGAGGAUUACCACCACCUCCACGGCUCCACCUCCGCGGCGGCGUAAUCCAUCCAACUCGCAAUAGAUAUACAGUCCCCCCAAUCGACGGAACCCUAAUUCUCUCCCGCACGCGCGUCGGCGAUCCGAGGGGAAGUAGGGUUUGGAGGAGGAGGAGGGGAGACCACCGGAGGUAGGCGAAUCCCCCAAGGCCGGGCAAGAUGGUGCUCGCGCAGCUCGGCGGGAGCAUCUCCCGCGCGCUGGCGCAGAUGAGCAACGCCACCGUGAUCGACGAGAAGGUGCUCAGCGACUGCCUCAACGAGAUCUCGCGCGCGCUCCUGCAGUCCGACGUCCAGUUCAAGAUGGUCCGCGAUAUGCAGUCCAACAUCAAGCGCAUCGUCAACCUCGAGACGCUCGCCGCCGGGACCAACAAGCGGCGCAUCAUCCAGCAGGCCGUCUUCACGGAGCUCUGCAACAUGUUGGAUCCCGGGAAGCCUUCCUUCACUCCCAAGAAGGGGAAACCUUGCGUGGUCAUGUUCGUUGGUUUGCAAGGUUCUGGUAAAACUACUACUUGUACCAAAUAUGCAUAUUAUCAUCAGCGCAAGGGAUUUAAGCCAGCACUUGUUUGUGCUGAUACAUUUAGGGCUGGUGCUUUUGAUCAGUUAAAACAGAAUGCAACAAAGGCCAAGAUUCCUUUUUACGGAAGCUACAUGGAGUCUGAUCCAGUGAAAAUUGCUGUUGAGGGUGUGGAGAGGUUCAAGAAAGAAAACUGUGAUCUCAUCAUUGUAGAUACGAGUGGAAGGCACAAACAAGAAGCAGCCCUUUUUGAAGAAAUGCGCCAAGUUUCAGAAGCGACGAAACCAGAUCUGGUAAUAUUUGUGAUGGACAGUAGUAUCGGUCAGGCUGCAUUUGAUCAGGCACAAGCAUUUAAGCAAAGUGUUUCUGUUGGUGCUGUGAUUGUCACUAAAAUGGAUGGCCAUGCGAAAGGAGGUGGCGCACUUAGCGCGGUUGCAGCAACAAAAAGUCCAGUGAUAUUUAUUGGAACAGGAGAACACAUCGAUGAGUUUGAAGUUUUUGAUGUGAAACCAUUUGUCAGUCGUCUUUUAGGCAUGGGAGACUGGUCGGGGUUUAUGGACAAGAUUCAUGAAGUAGUACCCACUGAUCAACAACCUGAGCUUUUGCAGAAGCUGUCUGAAGGAACCUUCACUCUGAGACUUAUGUAUGAGCAGUUCCAGAACAUCUUGAAAAUGGGUCCUAUUGGCCAGGUUUUCUCAAUGUUGCCUGGAUUUAGUUCUGAAUUGAUGCCAAAGGGACAUGAGAAGGAAAGCCAAGCUAAGAUUAAACGGUACAUGACGAUGAUGGAUUCCAUGACAGAUGGAGAGCUUGACAGCACAAAUCCUAAAUUGAUGACUGAAUCGCGUAUUCUUCGGAUUGCUCGGGGAUCUGGCCGACCUGUCAGAGAUGUUGUCGACAUGCUCGAAGAGUACAAGCGGCUUGCUAAAAUCUGGAGCAAGAUGAAAGGGCUCAAGAUACCAAAGAAAGGAGAAAUGAGUGCACUGUCCCGCAACAUGAACGUUCAGCACAUGAGCAAAGUUCUCCCGCCGCAGAUGCUGAAGCAGAUAGGCGGCAUGGGUGGCCUGCAAUCUUUGAUGAAACAAAUGGGCUCAAAAGAAAUGGGUGGCAUGUUUGGAGGCAUGGGUGGUGAUAAGUAAACAGAUCCUGAUUGCAUUUGACAAAUCGUCAGAGAUAUGGCUGUAGACAGAUUGUUCACCAGGGUGCUAAAUGAGAGUUUUGAAGAUGAUACUGACUGCUGCAAUUAUGUUACCAGAUGAGGAUACACAUGCACCCCGAUGUAAAAUUUGUUUAUCAUAGGCAAAUCGUAGCUCCCCAAAGUUCUUACCGAGAUUUUAUUUAUAGAAUCUGUUUGGGAAGAAUUACCGAAUCCGCGUUUUGUUUUGUUUCCUGCGUGCUACUCAGACGUGUAAGCACCCUAAAUAAAAUCAACGAAGUUUUGGGCCUC